UGGCUGUCAACACACCGGGACUGUUUAUCGGGACCGUCACCAUGCGUCUGCUCUGUAAGACACCGCGGAUUUACUCACACGUGUGUCAGCUCAACCUGCUGACGCAGCAGAGGAAGAAGCAUCUGUGGAACCAGUUCUGGAGAUUAUCUCACCUCCCGGGGCUUCGUCCGUUCAUUAACCGCACGCUGCAUCCCCCCUGCCGGCCGUCGCACAGCUGGUUCGGGAGCAGAAUUAAUGGCUGCAGGUGGAGCAAAACCAUCUACCUGAAUUCACAGAGCCAGAAAAAAGUCACCCUCGUGCAUGUAAGUGAACUGUCUGCGGCAGCAUAUGAGAAGCUGGCCGAUGAGACAUUGGACGCUCUGGCUGAUUACUUUGAAGACCUCACAGAUGAAGCUUUUACUGGGGCCGACUAUGAUGUUCUCUUCUCUAGUGGUGUUCUGACAGUGAAGCUGGGUGGAGACCACGGCACCUAUGUGAUCAACAAACAGGCGCCAAACAAACAAAUCUGGCUUUCUUCUCCUACCAGUGGACCCAAGCGCUACGGCUGGACAGGUGAACGCUGGGUAUAUACUCAUGACGGCAUCAGCCUUCACCAGCUGCUUUCUAAGGAGUUUUCCAUUAUCUUUAAUAAGAACAUUGACCUGUGUGGCCUGCCCUAUUCCUAAAACCCUGUUAAAUGCUUGGAGUAUUCACAGACUCAGUGACUCGCAUCUGAAUGU